AUGGAGAGAAACCGGUCUGACAGGGACAGAGAUCGCUCUCGCCCCAGGGAUCGCGAGCCGCCACGAGGGCGAGAUCGGGUGCGCUCGCGGGAACGGGGACGGUCGCAAGAACAGGGACGGUCGUGCGAAAGAGGACGAUCACGAGAAAGACUAAUAUCGCGGGAAAGAGAGCGUUCAAGAGGGAGAGAAAGGACAAAAGUCAGAGAUCGAUCCACGGACCGCACACAGUCAACGCAUGUUUCCAGACCCGACAGAGACAGGUCUCGCGACAGAAACAGGUCUCGCGGCAGAGACAGGUCUCACGACAGAGACCGGUCACGCGACAGAGACCGGUCUCGCGACCGAGACCGUGCCAAGGAGCGAAGCCACCCCGAUCGACAGAACCUAAGCAAAGGCAGGUACGGAUACAAAUCAAGUCGCAGGAGCCGCUCACAUCGCGCGCGUGGGUCCAAUUCGCCGACUCCAGAAUUGCCAUCUCGUAGUGCAGAAGGCCGUUCUGGUCGUUAUCGCCGAAGUCACAGCCGAUCGUCUGACUCUCCUGAAAGGACUUGGAAUGGCCCCAGCAGUGCACAGAAAAAGAAAAGCGGAUCAAGACAAAUGAACGUUGACAAGUUCAUUGAAGAUGAGGUUGCACGACGGGUGGAAGCAGAGGUUCAGAGACGUGUCGAACAGUUGAUAAACUCCCCGCAGUUCCAAAAGGAGAUUGAUGCCCGGCUUGCACAGGAGCGCGAGAGGCGGGAGAGGACAAUGAAAAGUGACAUAGAACGAGAGAAAUCCCGUAUACUUGAAGACUUCAGGCGAAAGGAGGAAGAAGAAAAACGCUCAAAACAAAAACUUGAAGACAUUCUGGCGGAAAACGAACGAAAAGUCCGACUGGAGCAGCAGCGCCAAGCGGAGGAACAGGCGAAGGCAGAUGAACUUCGCCUUAUGGAGCUGCAUAGGUUGCAGGUUGCUAGGGAAGAAGAGAGACGGAAAAAAACGUUGGAGGAGAAGGAGGAGGCAGGAGCCUCAAGUCAGCCACUUCCUCGACAGAAGCUGGCCUUCAAGAUGAAAACAACUUCUUUAUUCUAG